CUAUACUUUAAUUGCUAGUUUCGUUCCGGAUAGGUGCAUAUAAAGCUUGAGUAAACAUGAGCCUCGCAAUUUGUUACAUCAUUUGAGCUUUCAGCGGCAACUUGGGAAGUUCAGUUAUGGCAGGAUUACACAUAUUGAUCGGAGCUAUGGCUUAUCUAGGGUGUCUUGUUAGAUGUUACGAUAUGAACCUGGUAUCCCCCAUGCCUUGUCGGACCGACAGAACUACGCGCUGCCCUCCUGGACAAUUCUGCACCGAAGACAUCCGUGGCAACCUCCUCUGCUUUCCUGGAGCUAGAAUCUUAGAAUGUUAUGAAGUGGGAUUUGGACGUUUAUAUCAGGGGUUCCAAAACAGGACGGUUUCCGGUAUUACAUGUCAGAGGUGGGACUCGGACGAACCACAUAGCCGAUCGAAUAUACACGCAAAUAAAUUUCCAGAUAAUACGAUCGGGGAUGCGGAGAACUACUGUCGAGACCCACACGACGACGGCAGACCCUGGUGCUACACAACCGAUCCCAAUAACCGAUGGGAUUACUGCGAUAUACCACAAUGUUCAAAUAAAAACUGUUACAAGAAAGGAUAUGCUAAGCUCUAUCAAGGGUACACAAGUGUUACAAAGGGGAAUUUGACCUGUCAGCGCUGGGAUACACAAGCACCGCAUGAGCACACAUAUGACAACCCAGAUACAUACCCUGAUCCUUCGAUUGCUGAUGCAAAUAACUACUGCCGUAACCCUUCAAAUUCAGAGUCACCAUGGUGUUAUACAACCGGAAGUACACGUUGGGACUAUUGUGACAUUGAACCAUGCAAAUACGACUAUUGUUAUGACGGCGAACCUUGGACGUAUCAAGGUCAGGUCUCAAAAACUGAGAGCGGUGUAGAGUGCCAGAGAUGGGAUACCACAGCUCCACACGACCACAAUUUCGGAAACCAACCCUCGAAGUUUUCGGAUGCAUCAGUGAGUGAUGCCGCAAACUACUGUCGGGAUCCUACCCAGGUUGAAAGUAGGCUAUGGUGUUACACAACAGACCCCAACCAAAGAUGGGACUGGUGUAACGUAAAGAAAUGCGAUGAUAUAUAAAAUAUGUACAAAUAUGCAAGCAAGGUUGAAUUAUGUCAUUUUCAAUGUCAUUUUCAGUGAAUAGACCAUAUACGAGCAUGAAUAUAAUAUUUAGAUAAAUAAGGCGUAAAAAAUUGUUUGUUUCCGGUAUCCCGACCUACCCUAAAUUUUUAGCCCGAUCCUAAAUGUUUUUAUGGCCUUGGAGAAUUUUUUUUAACAAAAAGUUGCAAAACUGCUCUUUUUUAUGCUUUAAACAUGGUCAGUGGUGUUAGAAAUCAACUUUCUGAUGCUCUGAAGGCAUUACCCCCUUAUUUGUAUUCAUUUUUGACAUAAAAAUUAUUUACGAAAAGUCUCAUUUGAUAAAAAAAAUCCCCCCAAAACAUUUCCGACCUACCUACACUAAUUUUUUUUUAGCAUGUUACCGGAAACAAAGAAUUUUUUGGUCAAAUAUAGGUAAUAUUAAAGAGUUAGAAUUAGUAUACUAUAGAGUUUUGGAGAGACUUUUACUGAACUGCCAACUUCUAAUUACUAGUUUUGUUACUUCUAACUUCCAGCUCUAUUAUUUUCAACUUCCAACUUCUUUACUUUUAACUUCACACUUCUUUACAGCUACCUUCCAACUUUUUUCCUUUUAACUUCCUACUUCAGUACUUCCAAGUUCUAACUACCAACCUCAUUAUUCAAACUUUGAAAUUCUCACCUUGUUACUUGUAACUUACAUCUUCAUUACUUCUAGCUUCAAUUUCUUUACUUCUGGGGAGACUUUUACUUAACUGCCAACUUCCAAUUACCAGUUUCGUUAAUUCUAACUUUCAGCUGUAUCACUUUCACCUUCCAACUUCUUUACUUUCGACGUGUAAGGAAGUAGGAAGUGAUGAAGUUAGAAGCCAAGAAGUAAAAAUUAGUGAAGAUAGAUGUCAAAUGUAUUGGAGAUAGAAGUCCCAAAGGACAUCCACAGUUCACCUUACCCAGAUAUUAUUUUGCAGUUAUUUCUAACACAGAUAAUACUCAAGUACAUUAAUUAGCUGUUUUAAAGCCUGUAAGCUUAUAUUGGACAAUAAUAUUAAGAAUAAUAUUAUGAUGUUUUAUUAUUUUUUUAUUUAGAGUAGGAGAUAUGUUCGUUUUCUUCCUUACUACUUUAGUAUUGUAGUAAUGACAAAGGAGUUAUAAUUCUUCAAAUAUAUAUAUCUCCUUUAUUCAAAUUUACAGCUUGAGUCUGAAUUUUAUUCGAAUUAGAUGAUGAAAUAACAAAACAGAGCAAAUGUACUCCGUAAGACCCCGUUUGGUAAUUCAUACAGGCUAAUAAGAUGGGACAUUUGCCAAGUGCUAUUCGUAUUAAUAGUGAAAAACUUUUCAGAUUUAUAUAUCUAUAUAUUGUAGCUCAGAGAGAGAGAGAGAGAGAGAGGGAGAGAGAGAGAGAGAGAGAGACAGACAGACAGAGAGAGAGAGAGCGUUCGAUGAUGUGUUGUAACAGCUUUUAUUAUGUAACCUUGUGUAGCAACUAAGAUAGCAAAAAAUGUAUAACUCAGUAUUUGUAUGUACUCAUAUAGCAGAAAAAGUAAAAACGAUGGGUCGCAUAAAUUCAACAGAGCCUGCAUGUAUUGUGUACCUUGACAGCUCGUAAACAGUGAUGUAGGACUAAAUUGAUCACCUUUUGGUGUAUAGUAUAGUUAGAAACUGAACGCUAUCCUGAACAUGCGCGUGAUCGAACAUGCUUUAGUUUCUACUACAGGGAUAUGUACUGCUGGCUAUUGCCGGAAGUGAGGAAGUAGUAGUGCAAAUAUGGUGGCGCCCAUAGAAAUUUCUCUUACACACUCUUUUCUGAAACGUAUAUUCAAAUAAAACAGUGAAAAUCGA